AUGGUCAAUGCUGCGGAAGCAUGGGCGUGGGUGGGCAUAGUCCUGGCCGUAGCAAUGCUCCGCUAUGUGUCCAGGACACUCCAGCUGGGUGGGCUUCGGAACCUGCAGCUAGAAGACCUCGCAAUGGCAGUGACUGUGAUAUUCUACAUACUGCUGACCGUGUUUCUAAUCCAAGUCGACAAACACGGCACGAAUGGAGUCCCCGCGAGUGAAUCCGAUACCCUCGAUCCGGCGACAUUCCCAGACCGCAUCGUGGGUAGCAAAAUGGUCGUCGCGGUCGAGCAGUUCUGGCUGGUUGCCGUCUGGGGGUGUAAACUGUGUCUACUACUGCUCUAUUCUACCAUGACAUACGGCCUCUGGCAACACCGCUUCGUCAAGAUCAUCGGCGCGAUCUGCAUCUCAUCCUUCAUCCUCAUCGAGAUCCUCUUCUUCGCCGUCUGGUGCCGCCCCUUCUCAGCCUACUGGUCCGUCCCAGCCAAAAGCCAGCAGUGCUCCGUCUACACAAACCACGUUAUAAUAACCCUCGCCUUCAACGUCUCAACCGACAUCAUGAUCAUGGCCAUCCCGCUGCCGCUGCUCAUCCGCGCCAAACUGUCCCUCUCCAAGAAAAUCAUCCUCUGCGCCGUCUUCUCCCUCGGCACCUUUGUCAUCCUCUGCUCCAUCCUCUCAAAGUGCUACUCCAUCUCUAAGCCAUAUGGCAUGGAGUGGAUCGACUGGUACGUCCGCGAGGCUGCCACUGCCGUUAUUGUCGCGAAUAUCCCUCAGACCUGGACGCUGUGUCGGCGUUUGUUUAACUGGAAUUCCUUCCUAUAUCAUUCGUCGUACAAUACCCACGGCACCCGGAACAGGAGGUAUGAGACCGGCAGCCGGCUUUACGGCUCGACUACCCGGCUAUCUCGGUUCCGGCGUGGCGAAAGUGCGUCCAAAUCGCAGCUGCGGUCGACAGUGGAUGAUACUGCGAAUGAGCAGCGGCUGGAGAUAUGGGCGCUGCGGCAGUUUGAUGUUACGAAUGAAGCUGUCGUGGAUGAGCGGAGUGAGAGUGGCAGUCUGAGUCGUGGUAGUAAUACCAGUCUGGAUUUUGACGCUGUGACACCGUCAGGCCCGAUAAAGACGACGGUGACGGUCAAGCAGGCUGAAUAG